AUGGCGCGUACAAAGCAAACCGCUAGGAAAUCUACCGGGGGCAAAGCACCUCGUAAACAACUCGCAACGAAAGCAGCACGAAAGUCUGCGCCAGUUGCAGGAGGUGUAAAGAAACCUCACAGGUAUCGACCUGGGACAGUGGCUUUAAGAGAGAUCCGCAAGUUUCAGAAGAGCACAGACUUGCUCAUUCGGAAGCUGCCCUUUCAGCGCUUGGUUCGUGAAAUUGCUCAAGACUUUAAGACUGAUCUUCGCUUUCAAAGCCAGGCAAUCCUCGCACUGCAAGAAGCUGCAGAGGCUUACCUUGUGGGUCUGUUUGAAGACACUAAUUUGUGUGCUAUUCACGCGAAAAGAGUUACUAUCAUGCCCAAGGACAUUCAACUUGCGAGGAGAAUACGUGGAGAAAGAUCGUGA